AUGAUGGGGAGAGCACCAUGCAGUGAUGAAAGUGGUUUGAAGAAGGGUCCUUGGACCCCAGAAGAGGAUAAUAUAUUGGUGGAUUACAUUCAGAAACAUGGGCAUGGAAGUUGGAGAGCACUUCCAAAACUUGCAGGAUUGAACAGGUGUGGGAAAAGUUGUAGGCUAAGGUGGACAAACUACUUGAGACCUGAUAUCAAAAGAGGAAAGUUCUCUGAGGAAGAACAGCAACUCAUCAUCAAUUUACAUGCAGUUCUUGGAAAUAAGUGGUCAGCUAUAGCAGGUCAUCUGCCAGGUAGGACUGAUAAUGAAAUUAAGAAUUUCUGGAACACUCAUUUAAAGAAAAAGCUUCUGCAAAUGGGGUUGGAUCCAGUGACUCAUCGUCCAAGAUCAGAUCAGCUUAAUCUUCUAUCCAGUCUUCAACAGUUGCUGACUGCUACAAACAUUUUCACAAACACUUUGGACAUUAAUGCUCUAAGGCUGCAAUCAGAUGCCACAGAACUAGCCAAACUCCAAUUGCUGUAUAACAUGCUUCAAGUCCUUGUGGCUGGUCCUGCCUCAAACUUGGACCUGCUCAAUCCUUUUGGAUCAUCACUGCCAGAUGAAAUUUUGGGAUUGGAUCAGUCCAAGCUCCAAAACCUUUACAAUAGUUCAACUGGUUUUCUUUCUCAGAAUCAGUCAAACUUUUUUCAAAGCUUUGAAGCUCCUCCUCAGCAGCAAGCUCUACCAACUGGGUAUAACCACAUGAAUGGAGGAAGCAACAGGAGUUGCAUGAAAUCUGAAAAGGUCGAUGAACAACUUCAUGUCCCUUAUUCAUUUUCAACAGCAUUAGAUUCUCUUCCAAAUCUGGUUUCAGCCACACCCGAAUGUUCAACUGGCAAACAAAUGGAAAACAUGGUAAACCCAAAUGAAUUUUCUGACCCUUCUUCCACUUCAACCACCUUUGAAAUGUUGGGAGAUUUCAUGUAUGAGGAAGUAACUGAUGCUUAUUGGAAAGAUCUCAUAGACCAAGAUUGUAACCUGUAGCAGACAACUGCGAUAAUAGGAAUUAUCAUUGAUCUCUGUGAUCAACACAUGGUGUUCAUUUAGAAAUAGUUGUUUGGUUCCUAUGAAAUUGAAGAUGGAUUCAUCUUUAUACAAGGUUCCAUUGUAUCGUAGAUAAGUUCAUGCA